AUGGCCUCCGCGGGCUGGAACAAUUUCCACGUGGGAAAGGAAUGCGGACAUGUCAGAUGGUCUCGAAAAAUCACGCCCAAGUUGACUGUUGCGUCGGGUCAAACAGUCACCUUUGACGCCAUCGAUAGCAGUAACGGCCAGCUGAAUGCCGGCUCGGAUGCAUCCGCGAUUGGUGCUCUCGAUCUAAGCAUCGCCAACCCUGUGUUUGGACCCAUCUACGUGCAAGAUGCGCAGCCAGGGGACGUGCUGAAAGUGGAAGUGUUGGCCCUCGAAGUCGCGGACUGGGGUUGGUCCGCGAUCAUUCCUGGCUUUGGUCUGCUGGCAGAGGAUUUCCCGGAACCCGAAAUCAAGAUUUGGUCGCUCGAUCGUGAGAAGGGGUAUGCAAAGUUCAAAGGCAUGCGCAUCCCACUGCGGCCAUUCCUGGGGUGCAUGGGUCUCGCUCCCGCCACCGAUGAGGAAUUGUCGACAGUCCCUCCUACGCAGGCGGGAGGUAAUUUGGACUGCCGGGAGCUGAGCGUCGGCUCAACCGUGUUCUUGCCCGUGCAGACGGCGGGCGCCUUGUUCAGCUGCGGCGACGGACACGCUGCUCAGGGCCAGGGGGAAGUGUGUGGAACCGCUAUCGAAACUCCCAUCAAGGCCACCCUCCGUUUCGAAGUGAUGAAGAAUCAACCUUGGGUCACCGCACCUCACUAUCAGACUCCCCCCCGCGCUCAAAUACCAAACCCUUUGCCCGACCUGGGAACUUAUGGUGCUCUUGGCGUUGCACCUGACCUUUACGUGGCGGCACAAAGUGCCGUUCGUGGUCUGAUUCAGUGGCUCAUUCAUACCAAGGGCCUCACCAAAUCCGAGGCAUACAUCUUGGCCAGUGUGGCAGGAGACUUACACAUUACGGAAAUUGUCAAUGUCCCCAACUACGAGGUUGCCAUGAGUCUUCCUCUGGGGAUUUUCAGCUCAGACUAA